AUGCGCGAUGGAGAGACUUCUCUGGAAGAUGCGCAAGCAAGCACAGUCGAUCUCGCGACACGAAGGCUACCUGAUUUUGUGUCUGUCACUCGUGGGCCAGGCAUGCGCAGCAAUCUCUUCACGGGUCUUGAUACCGCCAAGGGACUUGCUGUAGCAUGGCAGAAACCUCUCGUCGGAGUUCACCACAUGCAGGCUCAUGCGCUUACGCCACGUAUGGUCAACGCCCUCGAAGCCCACAUCGAGCCUGAACACAGCGCCAUCUACGAUUCGACGUCGAUACAAACCGCGCCAAAGUUUCCGUUUCUAUCCGUCCUCGCCUCAGGUGGUCAUACACUGCUCAUACACUCGGCGUCUUUGACGGACCACCGCGUGCUGGGUUCUACAAAUGACAUUGCUGUGGGAGAGUGCUUGGACAAGAUCGCUCGUGUAGUGCUGCCUACAGAGUUACUAGAAACAUCAAAGAGCACCAUGUAUGGAGCGCUCCUCGAGGCAUUUUCGUUGCCCGAUCGCUCCCGCAAGUCAAUAUCUGGCGACGCAUCAACCCAUGUAACGAAGCCACCAACUUAUUCAGCCAAGACAUACUUGGAUGCUCAUGGACACCUAUACAAUUGGUACGAAGUUCCGUUGAAUCAUGAAGACGCCAUGCAGAAGAGCGCGACAAAAUGGGGCUGGGCACUCAAUCGGCCCCUGACUAAAUCAGGUGGAGGUGUCAAGAUUAACAGUCUUGAGCUGAGCUUUUCAGGUAUUACGACAAUGGUUGAGCGCAUCGUUCGAUUUGGUAUGGAUCCGGUCACUAGAAAAUUCAACAAAGUCGAGCGAACGGCGGCAGACGUUAGCCUUGAAGAGCGCAUGGACCUUGCACGCGAGACCAUGCGCGCAGCUUUUGAGCAUGUCGCUUCCCGAGUAGUUCUAGGCUUGCAGACUCAAGAAGAUACUCUAGCCGUGCCUGCGGUUGUCAUGGCUGGUGGCGUGGCUGCCAACUCGUUUCUCCGGCACAUGUAA